GCGGCAAGCAACGAACAAAUCCCAGCUGCAUGCACUGCCCCGCGCCACAUGCAUAUGCAUUCGUUCAUGUAUAUAAACCGCGAAGCGCCGAAGCCGUCCAGUUUCUGAAAGCGCGCGUCAGGCAUUCCAUCCCAGUAUUUACUGCCUCAAUCGUCAGACCAUCAGCGACAGAGAGCUCCUGUAAAUAACCCGAGUGGCGGUAUUCUGCGGAAGUGCAGCACGUACGUCCGGCGAAAAUGGUCGACAACUUGAAGCCCGUGGCCCUCUUCCUGCUGAUGCUCAACUUGUGCAUGUACCUCAUCAUCGCCAUCAUCGGCGGGUGGGCGGUCAACUUGGCCAUCGACCGCGGCUUCAUCAUAGGGCCCGAGCUGCGUCUCCCGGCGCAUUUCCACCCGAUAUUCUUCCCCAUCGGGAACUGGGCCACCGGCUUCUUCGUGGUGUUCGCGCUGCUCGCCGGCGUCGUCGGCGCGGCCUCCUGCAUCGUCGGCUUCACUCACGUCCGCUUCUGGAACUACAGCAGCCUGCAGCCCGCGGCGUCGCUCGGUCUGCUCGCCUGGGCGCUCACCGUCCUAGCCAUGGGGCUGGCUUGCCAGGAGAUCAGUUUCGACCGAAGAAACGCGAAGCUGGGGACCAUGGAGGCGUUCACGAUCGUCCUGUCACUGACGCAGCUCGUCUACAUCCUCACGAUCAAGGCGGGCGGUCACGGGCCCGUCCAGGUGGAACGACACAACGCCUUGGGCCGCUGAUCGGGUCGGAGGAUACGUACGCCUGAGAAGGAGCAGAGCCGCCGGAGAAAGUUUGCUUUGUUGUCCUUGUGCUUUUCGUUUGAUGUGAUGAUUCUUUGAGUGGGAUUGGUGAAAUGCGGGUUGGCGUUGUAGUAAUAAACUUGUGUGUUCCUCUGGCCUUUGGAUUUAUUGAUU